GUUCACGCGGACUAUGUAUACCGGACUCAGCCGGAGGGAUCAGCGGUAUUACAGGGAGGCUCAUCCAUCCAAACCAGCCAAGCCAACAUGGGGAAGAUCAUCUUCUACGAGGACCGGAACUUUGGCGGCCGCCACCACGAGUGCAGCAGCGACUGCGCCGACCUCAGCUCGUACUUCAGCCGCUGCAACUCCAUCCGCGUGGAGAGCGGCUGCUUCAUGAUCUACGAGCGCCCCAACUACUCGGGCCACCAGUACUUCCUGAGCCGCGGGGAGUACCCCGACUACCAGCGCUGGAUGGGCGCGGGCGACAGCAUCUCCUCCUGCCGCAUGAUCCCCAUGCACGCGCAGGGAUCGUACAGGAUGCGCUUCUACGAGAGGAUGGAGUUUGGCGGGCAGAUGAAGGAGCUGAUGGAGGACUGCCCCAGCACCAUGGACCGCUUCCACUUCUCCGAAAUCCACUCCUGCAACGUGACGGACGGCCACUGGCUCUUCUACGACCAGCCCAACUACCGGGGGCGCCACUACUACCUGCGCACGGGGGAGUACCGCAGGUUCAGCGACUGGGGCGGGGCCAGCGCCCGGGUCGGCUCCAUCAGGCGCAUCGUGGCCAACUGAGGAGGGGGUCCUCUUCCUCGCCCGAAAACCUUCGUCUCCAUCGCUCCCGUUCGGGGGGGAUCCCGACGCCGCUCUCUGACUCCGGGAGAGACCGACAGACCGGCGUUUAAAGACUGAAUUAAUAAUUAAUUAUAAUUUUAAUAAUAAUUUUAUUAAUAAUAAAAACCUACGGCUUAAUCUAUCUGGGGGUCUGAUUUAUGUUGGAGGUCUUUGCUGUAAAAAAAAAAAGACGCAAAUAUUCUACAAAGCGCAAAUUUAUAACUAAUGUGACGAAAACAAAGAGGAAGUUUAAUAAAAUUCCUGUAAUACAAAUA